CAUGUUAGUUGUUUGAAGGGAACGACGUGCUGUAACACAUUUUUAUCGGUUUAUUUUGUAUACAAAAAAAGCACCAACACCGUUUUCGAUAUAUUCAGCUGUACAAACUCAUCGCGCGAUCUGUGUAUUGUGUACAUAUAUAAAAAUUGGCUGUUUUUCGGAUAAUUUGUGUGAUGCGUUCUAUGGAAAUGUACGGAGGAAAAUAACGUUUAUUGAUUGUACACUGAAGUAAGAUGUGCACGGUGCAGUACACCAGUUGUGUGUGAAAUUGUUACACAUGUGUAGUAAUGUGAUCGUCUAGUUGCAACGUGACGAAUGUGAAUCAAUUAUGUGAAUUAAAUGAGAUAAAUCCAGUGAAUCAUAAACAUAAAUGACUAAGCCGAAGAACAAUACCAUCACGGCGAUCGGCCAGCAAAGUGCACACAAUUUAGUUCGUCCCAAAACCAUAAUGCAAGAGCAAAAGCUUCGGAAUCGUCGUUCGUUCGUCACUCUGUCGCUGUGUGGCGCCUGUUUGUUUCUGUUGAUUUUGUGUGGUUGUUUGAUUACUUCGUUAGUGUUAGUCGGUAAGAGUCUGUCAAAGUCUGCUGAUCGACGACCGGUUGUUGAUGUGAUAGCGUCGUUAAGUGAUAGUAUUUUAAGUACUGCUAAUGCUAAUGAUAAAAAAAUUAUCUUGAAAACAACACUGCGAAACAGUGUAACAAAUAACCAUUCGGAUAGUGAUAUCGAACAAUUAAGUCGUAUGACAAUGAAUGUGCCAAAAAUGUCGAAAAUAAUUGACCAACUCUCGUGGAGACUGCCAAAAGAGAUUAAACCGAUUCUGUACGAGUUGACAUUAAAACCGGAUCUGAAAACAAAAACAUUUUCGGGAAAUGUUGACAUUCAUUUGUCGGUCGUUCAACCCAUUUCGUAUAUUGCCGUUCAUGCCCAUACAUUGGCAAUAACAAAGACAUUGUUGGAAAGCAAAAAUGCGACGACUGGUGAUCGGAGUAACAUUACCAUCGCUCAUGCAUUUGCUUACCCGAAAUAUCAAUAUUGGGUUACCGAGGUGCCGAAGCCAUUGGCAUUGGGUGAUUAUGUUUUGGGACUAACCUUUAAUGGAAGUCUUGAAAAUCGAAUUGUUGGAUUCUAUCAGAGCACCUACAUCAAUCCGACAAACAAUGAGUCCAGAGCCAUUGCUACAUCUAAAUUUGAGCCGACCUAUGCACGACAAGCGUUUCCUUGUUUCGAUGAGCCGGCAAUGAAAGCAAAUUACACGAUUACUCUGGAAAUACCAACUGGUAAUGGAUACCACGCUCUAUCGAAUAUGCCGGUAGCAAACACCACAGAUCAUGGAAAUGGAACGACAUCUGUCCGCUUCCAGGAAAGUGUGAAAAUGAGUUCCUAUUUGGCCUGUUUCAUUGUGUCGGACUUUGCUGUCAACAGCGCUAUCGUACAACCAGGCUUGGAAAUGAGAGUAUUCUCAACGCCGGCACAAUUAAGUAAGACUGAGUAUCCGCUAGUCACCGGUGUAAACAUAACACGGUUCUACAUUGAAUACUUUAACGUGGAUUAUCCAUUGCCAAAACUUGAUAUGGCCGCGAUUCCCGACUUUGUGAGCGGUGCUAUGGAACAUUGGGGUCUGGUGACGUUCAGAGAAACCGCUUUGCUGUAUGAAAGUGGGAUCAGUUCGACGGCGAACAAGCAAAGAGUGGCAACGGUAAUUGCUCACGAGUUGGCUCACAUGUGGUUUGGAAAUCUUGUUACGAUGGCCUGGUGGGAUGAACUAUGGCUAAAUGAAGGCUUUGCCAGCUACAUUGAAUACAAGGGAUGUGAAGCGGCUGAGCCCACCUGGGGAAUGCUGGAACAAUUCCUUAUUGAAGAUUUGCACCCUGUCCUCAAUCUGGACGCAACACUAGCAUCGCAUCCGAUUGUGCAGAAGGUUGAGACACCCGAUCAAAUUACCGAAGUUUUUGACACAAUCACGUAUAACAAGGGUGCGGCUGUUAUUCGAAUGAUGGAAGAUUUCGUUGGUGAAAAUCAGUUCCGUCAAAGUGUCACAAACUACUUGAACAAUCAUGCAUUCGGCAAUGCCGUUACGGAUGAUCUGUUGACUGAAAUUGACAAAUUAAACUUGGGAUUUGAUAUUAAACACAUAAUGAACACAUGGACUAAACAAAUGGGAUUCCCUGUUGUGACGGUGGAAAAGGUAUCGGAUACGCAGUAUCGAUUGACGCAGAAAAGAUUUUUCUCCAAUCCUGACAACGCCAAUGAGACGACUUCAGAAUCUGAAUACAACUAUCGAUGGUACAUACCAAUAACAUACCAAACCGACACCAAUCCGUUGUCUCGCGACUGGUUUAAUAACGCCGAUACACAACUGACAAUUGAUCUUCCAUCCGCUCCAAGAUGGAUCAAAUUUAACAAAGAUCAAUUCGGCUAUUAUCGCGUAAAUUAUCCGGAAGAAAUGUGGACGUCACUGAUAUCCAUACUUCAGACUGAAACGGAGACACUUUCGAUUGCGGAUCGGGCACAUUUGAUAAACGAUGCGUUCAGUUUAGCAGAAGCUACGUUGCUUCCGUAUGAGACGGCUUUGACUUUGACCAGUUACUUAGCAACAGAAACUCAAUAUGUGCCGUGGUCAGUUGCUUCUACGAAUUUGUUGAAUCUGAAGAAUCGGCUUAACGGGGAACCGUUAGAAAAUUUCAGAAAAUUCGCUCAAACCCUAAUCCGUGCAGUGUACACAACUGUUGGUUGGACGGUCGAUAGUGAACACUUAAGAAAUCAUUUACGCACAACAGUGUUGAACUUUGCAUGUUCUGUCGGACUGCCAGAAUGCUUGGAAGAAGCUGGAAAUCAAUUCAAUAUGUGGCUGUCCAAUGGAACUGUCCCCGACCCCGAUCUCCGCAAUACCAUUUACUAUUAUGGUAUGGCAACAGUGGGUAAUGCCGAAAAAUGGGAGCAAGUUUGGAACAUCUAUAAACAAGAAGCGGAUGCAUCCGAAAAGGCGAAACUCGUGUACGGUCUGUCCGCUAUCAAGGAUCAUGCAAAACUGUCUAAAUUCGUUACAUUGGCAUGGAACGAAUCCAAUGUUCGCGGACAAGACUACUUCACGUGCAUGCAAAACAUUGCGGCCAAUCCAAUCGGUGAGAGCAUUGUUUGGGACUAUGUGCGAGACAAUUGGGAACUUAUGGUCAAUCGUUUCGGAUUGAAUGAAAGAUAUCUGGGACGAAUGAUACCGUCGAUCUGUGGAAGAUUCAGUACAAAAACGAAAUUGGAAGAGGUGAAUGCAUUUUUCGUAAAGUAUCCAGAAGCGGGCGCUGGAGCGGCUGCUCGUAGACAGACCAUUGAAGACAUCACUAAUCGUAUCAAGUGGUUGGAGAAUAAUCAAGAGAGUGUUGCUCAGUGGUUGAAUGAAAAUGCUUAGAUUGGGACAAAUCGUUGAAGAAGAACCACUAGGGAUAUCUAGUGGAUGUGUGUGUACCUAAGCAUCUUUGAAUCGAUAUUUUGGUUAUUAUAUUUUUUGAAGAAGAAUUUUCUUAACUAAC